GGCAGUUUCUCAGGCUGGAUGUGUAUUGUCUGUCAGGGAGACAGGAGAAUGGGAAAAGCGAUAUAUAUAUAUAUAUAUUAUAUAUAUAUAUAUACAUAUGUAUCAGGUAAACAGUUAAAGUAAUUCAUCAGAUCAGAGGAAGAGGCAACGAGGGGAUGCGUCCAACCUCGCGUCGCUUCGGGGGAGUGGAAGUUUUAAUUGUCUAAUGAAGCUCGGAGGCUUUUCGUCGCCGUUUCCCGACCAGAGGGAAGAGGACAGCCGGGUUUGGAGGGUACACCAGCGGCCGGGUUAGGGUGGGUGUACCUCCCCUCUCCUCUCCUCUCUCCUCUCUCCUCCUCCUCCCCACUCUCUCCUCACCAAAGCGACUUGUUACCCGAACACGGACACAUAUACCCACCACCAAAAUAAUAAGCCGGACCCAGUGAAAGUAACACCGCCUCAGUCAUCCUGGGGGUGACACAUUUCACUAAGACGGGAGCCGCUGACGUGAAGGAAAGGCCGGCAGAAUGUUCCAGCUCCCCGUCAAUAACCUGGGCAGUCUGCGGAAAGCGAGAAAAAAUGUCAAGAAGGUCCUUGGAGACAUCGGCCUGGAGUUCUGCAGAGAUCAUCUGGAGGACUACAAAGACUUUACUCCACCAGAUGUGUACAUGAAGCACACGAGCUGGGAAGAUGUGUGCAUGUGGGAACCAUCGCAUACCAAAGUCCAGGACUACAGAUCAAAACCUUUCUGCUGCUCCGGCUGCCUCUUCUCAUCCAAGUACUUCUCCGCGUACAAGAGCCACUUCCGUAACGUACACAGCGAGGACUUUGAGAACAACAUCCUGCUCAACUGCCCCUACUGCACUUACAAUGGCAACAAAAAGACUCUGGAGACGCACAUCAAACUCUUCCACAUGCCAAACAACGCCGUGCGGCCGGGCCCCGGUGGCAUGGUGGCGGGCGCCGGCGGCGGCGGCGUGGUGAUGAAAGACGGGGUGUUGAAGAGGACCGGCGACAGCGUGGAGCAGGCGGUGUACUACUGCAAGAAGUGCACCUACAGGGACCCUUUGUACAAUGUGGUGCGAAAGCACAUCUACCGGGAACAUUUUCAGCAAGUGGCCCAGCCCUAUAUUGUGAAACCGGGGGAGAAGGCGAACGCUCAGAACGGCGGAACGGCACAGAGUAACAACAACACAAACGCCGUCAGCAACAACCAGAUCCACUGCAAGAAGUGUUUGUUUGUCCCGCGCAACUACGAGGCGCUGGUGCAGCACGUCAUCGAGGACCACGAGAGGAUCGGCUACCAGGUGACCGCCAUGAUCGGGCACACCAGCGUCAUAGUCCCCCGGCCCAAACCGAUCAUCAUGAUGCCCCCCAAAACCCAGGGGGACAAGACCAUCAUCGGAAUGGGUCCCAAAGGCGCGGUGAUGGCCACGACCAGGUCUCCCGGCUCGCAGCAGCUGAGUCGCGUCGUCGUCACGUCCAAGGCCGGCUACGCCGCCCACGGGCUCCUGUCCGGGAUGAAACACGACACGAUUGGACUAAAGGCCGGCUCCGCGCAGUCGUUCUCCAUCGGCAGCCAGCAGGUUCGGGUUUCUCUGCCGGGGAACGCCCAGGUUUCCGUGCCCCAGCAGUCGCACGCGGCGAAGCAGCUCAUUUCCGGAGCGAGCCUGCGGAGCCCGGUGGUGGUCAGCACCUCCUCCUCGCUGAAAUCCAACCCCCUCGGCUCACGGGUUCAGGCCGCGGCUACGACUGUGGCCUCCGUCACAUCCAAGAAAGGCGGCUCCUCUGUCCUCGGCACAUCCUACACCCAGAAGUGGAAAAUCUGCACUAUUUGCAACGAGCUUUUCCCGGAGAACGUUUACAGUUCGCAUUUCGAGAAGGAGCACAAGGCGGAGAAGGUGCCCGCCGUGGCCAACUACAUCAUGAAGAUCCACAACUUCACCAGCAAGUGUCUCUACUGCAACCGCUAUCUCCCCAGCGACACCCUGCUGAACCACAUGCUGAUCCACGGCCUGUCCUGCCCGCACUGCCGCGCGACCUUCAACGACGUCGAGAAGAUGGUGGCGCACAUGCGGCUGUCGCACCCGGACGAGAAGGUCGGCCCGCGCACGGACUCCCCCCUGACCUUUGACCUCACUCUGCAGCAGGGAAACCCCAAAAACGUUCAGCUGAUCGUCACUACGUACAACAUGCGAGACGCGCCCGAGGAGUCGGUGGCGUUUCACGCCCAGAACAACAACAACAACAACAUGUCGUCGGCGCUGUCCGCGUCUCUAAUAUCAGGCAAGAGGUUAAUGCCUCAGCACCCGCCCAAAACUCCCUCAGGGUCCUCUGACGGCGCACCGGUCAAGAGCGUCCCGCAGGCGUCCGUCCCCUACAAGAGGGACGUGGGAAAAACCCUGUGUCCCCUCUGCUUCUCGAUCCUCAAGGGCCCGAUAUCGGACUCGUUGGCCCACCACCUGAGAGAGAGGCACCAGGUGAUUCAGACAGUCCACCCCGUAGAAAAGAAACUGACCUAUAAGUGCAUUCACUGUUUGGGGGUUUACACAAGUAACAUGACGGCCUCCACCAUCACACUACACUUGGUGCACUGUCGAGGCGUGGGGAAGUCCCAGAACGGGCAGGACAGCCGGGCGACUUCUCACUCGUCUUCUCGGGUCGGCCAGGCCCAGAGCGGCGCCCUCAAGCGGCCCGGCUUCGACGGCUUGGACACCAGCGCGCCGAAACGGAGGAGGCCGGGGCCGCCCGGGGAAAGGGCCCACCCGCGGGAUCGGAACGGCCCGUCCACGUUCGUGGAAAACCCCGACGAGCCCGUCGUCCUCGCCCUCGACCCCAAAGGGCACGAGAACCAGUCGUACGAGUCGAGGAAGGGUUUCCUGACGCAGUACUUCAACCGGGCGCCGUACCCGACGCAGCGGGAGGUGGAGAAGCUGGCGGCGAGCCUGUGGCUGUGGAAGUCGGACAUCUCCAGCCACUUCGUCAACCGGCGGAGGAGGUGCGUGCAGGAGUGCGAGACGCAGGGCGCCAGCGUGCUGCUCGGCUUCAGCAUGCACGAGCUCUGCAAGGUGAGCCACGAGCUGGCGUUCGCCGGGGACGGCGCGGCGUACGAGGGCCGGCGCGGCAAGCGGCGGACGUCCGGGACGCGCAUGGGGGUGUCGGAGCGGGCUCUCCGGAGACACAGGGAGCUCGUGGCUGCUAACGGGAAAGGACGGGAGCGUAGGCCGACCAGGAACGAGGAAGGCGCUACGGCGGCGGUGGCGGUGGCGGUGGCGGCGACGGCGACGGCUCCUCCUCCCACCACCACCACCACCACCAGAGACCAAACCAAGACAAUCAACCGCACCUUACCACAGAAAAUGCCUCUGGAUCUCUCGGAGCCCAUCGCCAUAGACUCUGACAGUGAUGAGGAAGAGCAGCAGCAGCAGCAGCAGCAGCAGCAGCAGCGACGGCAGCAGCAGCAGAAGGAUAACGAGGAAGAGGAGGGAGAGGUACGUCUCCAUGGUAACCAGCAGCUUACUGGUACUAAGGAGAGAAUGGAGCCAAGGACAGAGGCCAGGACUGUUUCAGAUCUGGAUGAUAUGUCGGACGACGACGACGAGGACGACGACGACGACGAUGAUGAGGAGGACGACGACGACGACGAUGACGAUGAGGACGACGACGAUGAGGACGAGGACGACAGGGCGCACGUAGAGAACGGCUUCGGGCCCCCGGAGGGCUCGGACAGGAGACAGGCCGCUAAAGGAAGAGACGCUCUGCCCAUCAUUAUUCCCAAGUUCGUACCGUCGUCGGCGCGGAGCGGCAGAGACGGGGCCCAGCUCGGCAAGCAGCAGGUCUGAACGUCAAAAUAAAAAAAAAAAACUACAGCUAAAGAGAUCUCAAAAAAUAACAAAGCCAUCCAAGGACAUGUUACCGGGACGGGACUCAUCGAGCAGCUAGAGACUGAUUUGUAAAAAAAAAAACGAGGAGGGCGAGAGGCGCAAAAGACGAGUGAAGUUACACCAAACUACACAGGCCGAGAGAUUUUUUUUUUUUUUUUUGUUGUUAACGCCGAGACGAGGACGAGUUAUUAACUUUUAAUUUAGCCACCGAGCUUGUGAAGAGUGGCUCAAACGGUCGAGUUGUUUUUUUUUCGAGGUGACCAGAUAAUCCAUGGUUUCUUUUUUUUUUUUUUCCACGUAGUUCAUACUGAGAUAGUUAGUGUAAAUUUGUACAGUCUUUUAGACAUGUUUGGACAGACGUUUGCCGUACAUGUUCCCUUAAAUAUUUGCUAUUACCUGUGUGUAAAGGUUAGCUUCAUAUGUUCUACAUCAGUAUGCUUAACAAUAGGUGUCGCUUUGGUGGCUGGUAUUUUCUCGUAUGUUUAUUUUUUAACGGAAAAACUAGUUUCUUUGCAAAAUAAUAUAUCUAUAUAUAAAUGAAUUUACUUUUUUUUGUUUGUUUGUUGCUUUUAUCCCGAUUUAGAUUUAUUUUUUUAAGUUUGACUUUUUUUUUUUUUUCCCGGUUCAGAAAGAAUCUAAGCUGCUCUUUCUCUUUCGUAAAAGUACAAAGGAGCUUUUUAUUGACGUUUUUCGCAGCCCUUUUGCUCUCUGACUUGUACUGUACCUGCUUUCUGUUUUUCACCAUUUUAACCUCUUUUUUUGCACCACGAGACCGGACGGCGACGACCGCGCCGACGUACACAGAAGUGAAACCAAUACUUUAUUUUACGUUCCCCCGAAAAAAAGAUAGUUGUGUUUUAAUAUGUGUUCUUUGAAUUGUGUGUAUUUGUUAUGUUCUUCAUUUUUCACUUUAAGCAUUUAUGAACAAUAAAGUGCUGUAAUUGUGCUUCUCACAGAA